AUGUCUGGCACAGAUACAUGGGCACUGCCCUAUCAGCGUCUGCCCCUGGAGCAAUCCAAGAAAGAGGUCCGGUUGAUCGAGUUUCAUUUCGAGGGGGCUGGCGAUGACUUCUUCACCAGGGUGAUCGACAUAGACGAAGAGGCGAAGAGGCCCCUCAGUCUGCGCAUGGUAAAGGCAAGCCUACUCGAGCCACCCAAGUUUCGAGCCCUGUCGUACGUAUGGGGACCGUCUAAAGAAGGCCGCUGCAUCACGUUGCAAGUGCCCCAGAAGGCAGGCCUGAAAGGCGAGUCCAUCGAAGAUACCACUGCUGUGGCAGAAGAAGAGACACUGGAAAGCUGCGAGAUUGAGGUAACCGACAACCUUUUCUCGGCCCUCGUGCACUACCGCACCAUGAAAUCCGCAGACCAGCAGACCUACUUCUGGAUCGACGCUCUGUGCAUCAACCAGCGCGACAACGACGAGAAGAGUUGGCAGGUGGCCAUGAUGCGAGACGUCUACAGUUCGGCACACAUGGUCCACGCCUGGAUGGGAACCUACCCGGAACGCGUCUACUUCCGGCCCGGCGAGCUUAUCAAUGUCUUCGCGGCGCUCUCGCGCGAAGGCCUGGCAAGAUUUGGAUAUCGCGCUUGGCGGCCGCUAGACAUUCUGGGAACGGCUGCCGAUCUGCGCUUCAUUGAAAUGGACAUUAUCGAGUGGGUGCGCGGUAUCAAGCUUGUUCAGGGCCCAUUCAGUCGGGCAAAUGGUGAUGGGACUUACGAAAUCUCAAUGUUGGCGCUCGUCGGGUUCUCUGAACUGGCCUUCUGGUGUCGCGUGUGGAUCCUGCAGGAGUUGGUGCUCGCGAACGAGAUCCUGUUCACGUGCUCUACGUGGUGUAUAUCGUCAGAAACCCUCUUCACCGCGCUGCGCAUCAUCAUAAAGGCAAUGCAAGUAGCGGACAGCUGCGACCCGCUGUCUUCCACACAAGGCACCGACAACGUGCUGCCCUCCGAGAAGCAAUGGAUUCGUGCGAAGGAUACACAGCAGAUUUCCAUAUGUCCCAUGCUGGAUUUUAGACACGAUAGAGACGGGAAAAAGGAACUGUGGGAUCUCAUCGACUGGAACGCCGUUUCCGGGGGGCUUCAGGCCUCCAUGCCUGCUGACCAUGUGUUUGGGCUCUUUGGGAUUGCAACUGAUGUGGAGGAGCUUGGGAUUCGGCUGGACUACAGCAGGGACGUCGCGGAUAUCUACAUAGAGCUGGCGAGCUCGUGCAUCAAGAAGAGAGGACUCGUGGUCAUCACUCAUGUCCAGUGGCCUAAAAAAGUGGCCAAGCUUCCGUCGUGGGUACCAGAUUGGUCGGCGCUGUCGAGCACCAAAACACUCGCGAGCAUCUUGCGUUCGCAUGCACCCUUGCUCCCCUCCUUCCUCAAAAUACUGUCCAAGCCAGGUGUUGGCAAAUAUGCUGGACCUCGAGCAUACAGGUUCACAGUCUCCUCAGCUGGUCUUCCAGCCCUGGUUGUAGGGGGCAAUACUCUCACCACCGUGCAAUCUUUUCUGCCGGCCAUGUGGAACGCCCGUACAGAAACCUUAAGUCUCAUUAGGCGGAUCUGGAGCAUCCAGGCUAAGCUACUCGCUGCAAAGGACAUGAUUGAACAGUCUGCUACGGCAUACCGAACCGUGGAAGACCGCCAUAAGGCAUUUGCGAGCACAAUUUUCGCUGGCGGCUGGGAAAGCGGGCGAGGAAGUUUCGAGAACCAGUGGUCUCUGAACAAGCUUUUCGAAGGGUAUAGGCUGCUUCUUGACCCUGUGUCCGCGGAAACCUCCCUCAACGCCCUGUGGCGCCGUGAGUCACCAUCCCGCGAGAUGAAGCUCCACAGUUUUUAUGCCUGCUGGGAGAUCGCCGAAACAUUCAUGGACAAGGAAAACUCUUACCCUCCUGUAAUCGACAGCAUUCCAAUUGCAGAAUUCUGCCGUCACCCCGGUCUGUAUUAUCGAAUCUACUUUGAUGACUAUGCCGAUUCGGUGCUGGGCAACCUCGUAAACGUCGAAGGGGCUAAGGACACGAUGACUAGCAUUGAGGCCUUUUUGAAACGCGUGAAGGAAGUCGGCAAAGGGCGGAGGCCGUUUUUGUCUACGGACGGGUACUUGGGCCUCGGUCCGGCGGAGAUGCAGAAAGGUGACGUGGUUGCAUACCUGGACGGCGCCGAAAUGCCCUCUAUACUGAGGCCCUUGUCAACGGGAGGCUUCACUCUUGUCGGGGAGGCGUAUGUCUAUGGAUUGAUGUUUCGCGAUGCUGACAUGGAUGAUGACACAGAUGGCUUGAAUAUCAUUGGCAUAUUCCCCUCCUCCAGGCUAUUUCCUGAGAUUGGAACAGCUAUUCAUCCAUGUCCCAAGGGUGAGCGGCGGGAAUUUGUUAUUGUAUAA